UCAUUACACGAAGUAUAUAUUUCAUUUUUUUAGCAAAAUGUGGAUUUAUUACUUUCUAACAUUAAUCAUAAUUUUGUACGUGACGUUUAAACUGUUCUCGAACAGAGUACACAACUAUUGGAAAAAGUAUGGAUUCAAUAGCGCAACCUCAUCCGAGAUUAAACAGGGCUCAAAAAAUUACCCAACCUCCAUAAAAAAAGGUGGCAUAGAAUGUUUAACCUACAAAUACUUUAAGGAUCUCGGCCUCCCUAUCGGGGGGACAUUUGAAGCCUUAAAUCCCCAACUUUACGUUACGGAUGCAGCUCUCGCUAAGAAAAUCAUGGUAGAAGACGCCCACCAUUUUGUGGACCGUCGCGAAUUAUACGAACCCCAACGGAAUCCUUUACUCGGAAGAAUGUUAUCCUUCCGGCGAGGGGACGAAUGGAAGCGGUUAAGAUCUCUGCUCAGCCCUGCCUUCACCCCAGCCAAGAUGAAGGACAUCUUCCCACUUUUUAUCGAAAAUUGUCAACAGCUCGUUGCCACCAUCGAAAUUACAAACAAAGAUUAUCCAGUCCGACUCGAUAUUCACGAAACAAUCGGAAGAUUUACAAUGGAUGUCAUUUCCUCAACGGUGUUUGGAAUCAGGACUGAAUCACAAACAAAUAACGACUCUAUAUUUUACGAGAUGGGUAAAAAGUUGCAAGUUUUAACGCUGAAAUUAGUCUUUGCACGGAUAACUGCCAAGUUUCUUCCCAAGCUGGCGAAAUUCUUACAUAUUUCGACCUUUGAUACGAGUGCGCUCGAAUUUUUUGCACAGACUACAAAGAAUAUUGUCCAGGAACGAAAUAAAUCUGGCGUUAUUAAUCGACGAAGGGACAUGAUUGACAUUUUGCUGAGUAACAAUGCAUCCGGAGAACUUUCUGAAGACGACAUAGUUUCACAGGCAGUACUUUUCUACAUAUUGGGAUUUGACACGACAAACUCGCUUUUAGAGAUUUGCUGUAUUGUUCUUGCGAAUCAUCCAAAAAUUCAAGAAAAGCUGAGGAGAGAGGUAGCAGAUUCUGGUUUUGAUGAGCAUGGAAAUACAAAUUCGUAUGAAGUUCUAACCGAGAUGCCGUACAUGAAUAAGGUUAUUACAGAGACCCUUCGACUUUACCCACCCUCAACACGGACGGAGAGAUUGUGCACGACGGAAUAUUUAGUGCCGGGAACAAAUUUGACAAUUCCGAUUAACAGUCAAAUUGUCAUUCCGAUUUAUGCGUUACAAACGGAUCCGGAUUUGUGGGAAGAUUCCCAUAAAUUUUUGCCAGAAAGAUGUUGCACGAACCAAUCGGCGUAUAACCCUUUUGGUGCUGGACCACGAUCGUGUCUGGGCAAACGCUUUGCUCUGGAUUUAUGCAAAAUAACGCUAGCAUCUAUUCUGCACUGUUACGAAAUACUUCCAGAUAAUGAUAACGUCGGUUCAGUGGAUGUCUCGGAUCUUCUCGUAUAUCGAGUAGGGUCCAUUAAAAUUAAGGAUGGGAUACAUCUCAAGUUCAAGUCUAGGAAAUGACUUAAUUAUGUUGGUACAUUUUUUUAACCGGGGGGACUAUACCGGAUUUUUACAGUGCGUGCUAUCGUAUUUAGUGCACUGAUUGAUUAACGAUUCCAUAUUUGUUCAUGAUUCCGGAGUUAAAUAUAUGCGGAAAAUUAUCUAUGUAUUUUAAACAUAACUGACUGAUUGAGUCAUUCUUUUAUGAGGUAGGGAGUUUUUAUAUCAGAAAAUAAAUUCAUUUAAAAAAAUCUA